UUGAGGGUGGUAAAAUAAAGAGUCCAAGUAACAUUAAUAGAUUCGGAUUUUGUGUCUUAUAAGAUUGAGGAUUAUGUUCUUAUUCUUUUGAAAAUAAAUUGAACUUGUUCUUUGGGUUUAGUUGAAUUAUAUAUAUGUUUAUUUCAUUUUCUUGUCGAUAUAUGUUUUUUUAUGCAUGCAUUGAGAUUAGACCAUGUUUUUUGAGUGUAAAUUACAUGCUCUUUAUUUCUUUUAGGUUUAUGUUCUUUUGUUUAAACUCCUAUAUUGUGCAUCUAGGUCCCACAAACUGAUAAUUGACACAAUAUCCUCUAAUUUUUAUUGUUGAUCUCUAUUCAGAGAUGAAGUUUAUGUAUGUAUUUUGAGUACAAAACCCUGUCUGACUACUGUACUACUAUAAUUUCCUCACAGGAAGUGCAAAAUCGCAACGUUGGAACACGGGUAGAUAGGCUCACCAGUUUACCUGAUGAUUUGUUGAUUAAGAUUCUUUCCCUGCUUCCUACCAAGGAAGCUGCUUCGUUGUCUUUCUUCUCCAAAAAAAUCAGGGGUCUUUUCCCUUUAAUUACAAGCCUUGAUUUCGAUGGUUCACCUACAUCACGUUGUUUGAAACACUCCUCUGCAAUCCAGCAUUUUCCCUCUUUUGUCACCUUUGUCGAUACUGUCCUCCAAGAAUACCGAUCUCAGCAUCUCAAAAGGUUUAGACUUCAAAUUAGCAGAGCAGACUGUGUCACCCCGAACUCUAAUGGUUGUCUCCCUGACUUGAAGUUCACACAUCUUAACAAGUGGAUCUCUUUUCCAUUGACUUUUGCUGGCCUUAGGGAGCUGGACCUCUGCAUUCUGGUGAAGAAACCAGAUAAAGCUCAGUUGGCCCCGGCUAUAUUCACGUGUGAAACAUUGGAGGUGUUGAAGCUUCAGGUUAACAUUGGUCUUGAUCAAGUUAUCACCAUGCCAGCCUAUCGUCUUCCAAACUUGAAACGACUACUUUUGCUCACGUCAUUCAUUCCUGAUGAUGACCUUCUGCCCAGGCUAGUUUCGAGCUGCCCCUUACUUGAAGACCUCACAUUUCAAGCCUUACCAAACCAUGUCCAUAACACAUUUAUCUAUCCAACUUCCCUUCGGAGAUUGUGUCUAUAUAUGAAUAGACUUGGGAGUAAUGUGCGCGAUUACAAUGACUUAGUGCCUUUCAGCUAUCCUAAUUCAGAGUACCUUGACUUCAUGGAUAAUUCAAGAUGCAUGUGCUCAAUCCCAAAGAUUCCUUGUUUUGUUAAAGAAGCACUAACCAUCCCGUACAUCUUAUUACAUGAGGAAAUUCAGCUUUCUCUUGAGGAGAUAAUUACCCUCAUCAAACCCUCGUCUUAUGUUCAACAUUUGUCUUUGCUUGGCUGUUUCUUUCUGGGAUUUGACUGUGAUAAGGAAAAGGUCCUAAUGGAUCAACUGCCCAUAUUUCAUAAUCUGAAGCAUCUGGAGCUGUCUUUUUCUGGUGAAAAUCACUACUGGGAUAAGUUGUUGCUGCCACUUCUUUUCAGUUCGCCUGUCUUAGAAACACUUGUUUUGCCAUGGGGGCUCAUGGAGUUUUAUCACCACUGUUUCGAUCGUUGUGGAUACUUUGAAUACUCUGGAUAUAAAAGCGAGUCACUGGAGUUGGAACUAAAGUUUUUCAGAGCAGCUCGCGUCGUUCCCUCAUGUUGCAGGUAUCGUCUUAAGAGAAUAGUGAUAAAAGAUUACUAUGGGUUAUUUGAACGGGAAGUAGAAAUAACCAAGUUUUUCCUAAGAGAAGCAUUUGUUUUGGAGGAAUUGGUCAUAUUUCGAGCCCAAGAAUCUAUUAUUCCAAUUCCAGAUCAUAUGUCGAUUGAGACUACAUUAAAGAAGUAUCCAAGAGCCUCAACCACCUGCUCAAUUCAAGUAUUGUGA